UCGUGUAAAAUGUGAAUUUUCUCUCGUUCCAAGGCCGAUUGGAAAUCGAUUUCCACGUUUGAACUUCGCACUAUGCUCGCUUUUCUCGAGGACUUUCUCCCCUCUUCUAAUCUAAACGCGCUAUUUUCUCGUAUAUUUUCAUUUCGUUUAGUAUAUCUGUUUCUCGGAUAGAGUCAGAGUGAUAAGGGGAAGAAGAAGAGAGAGAGAGAGAGAGAGAGAGAAACGAGUAAGAAGAACGUAUGAACGUUUGUAUGUUUAUCGAGAUAUCUGCAGAAGCGGAGCAAGAUAUAAAGGGCACCUAGAAUGCGACGUAGCCAGUUGUUAUGAUCAUUUUCUGUUGGUUAACAUCGAAUAUAGAAACGAAAAGGAAUAUUUGAAUUUGGAAAGAUGCGGAUUUGGAUGUUAUUAACAACGCUUUUGAUAGUCAGUAUAUUGACUACAGAAGUAUUUGGAAAGAAGGUGAAGUCAGAUGAAGUUGAAUCUUUUAAUAGUGUUCAAGAGAAACACAGAAAGAAAAGAGAAACUGUGAAUUCCGAAUCGAAAGAAGAAAUUUCAGUAAAAGAAGGGAGAGACUUAAAGGGGCACGAUAAAUCGAAAAAGAAGAAAAAGAUUUCUUCUUUCUCCGAGCCAAAUUCUUUGGAUGGAUUGAAGGAGUCACAAAAGUCGCAUCACACGACAAAGUCAAAGAAUGGACAUAAUAAAAAUGGAGAAGUUAAAACUGAUCAUGAUAAGAAGGUACGACACGCGAAGGAAAAAUAUAAGAAUAAAGAUUUAAAUUCGAAGAAUAAACAACAUAAUAGAAGGCGUCCGAGGGAUUUAGAAGAAGAGAACAAGAUGUUGAAGGAGAAGAAGGUGAAGGAAAAGAAGACGGAGUCAGAGACAGAGGCGGAGACGGAAGCAGAAACGAAAGCGGAGAUAAAGACAGAGAACAUUGUUAGAGAACAUGAUUCGAAAAAAUUGAAAAAUCAAGAUAAAAAAAAGAAAAGAUCGAAGAUGGUCGAUAUUAACAGCGGAGAACCUGAAAAUCCCAAGGUUGAAAAAAAUAAAAUUCAUAGUAAAUCGAAGUCUAAGAUUUAUGCGGAUAACAUUGAUCCCACGGAAGAAAUUAAAUCAAAUAAGAAGCUUAAGCUUGACAAGAAGAUGAAAAAAAAGAGCCAGUGUCAACAUUUGAAGAAUAAAAAGGUAGAGGAAUCGAACGCCGAAGAUUCUAUUAAUGCAGAUGAUAUAGAAAAAGAUAAGGAUAGGACAUCCGAAAAGAAGAGUCGUCAUGUAGACAAUAAGAUUAAUGGAGAAAUAGAAGAGUUUAAUUAUAAGGAAGAAGAGAAGGAAUCGACGUUGGUGUCGGAAGGCAAAGUCGAAUGCGAAGGAAACGAGAAUUUUGAAGAACAUGAUUGUUGUUUUAACAAGGAGAAUGUCGAUGAAGAGGUUAAUGUCGAUGUUUAAAGUUCCCCAAGAUUUUUGUUGUGAUAGACAAAAGAAGAUAGAGAGAAAGACUUCUUAAUCAUUUCAUUGUUUGUCCUUCUUCGAGAGAAAUCGAUUCAAAUCUACUCGAAAUUUAAGGGGAAGAUGAAUAUUUGAGCACAUUGUUAUUUAUUUUAAUCUAUUUACAUUAUAUUAUCAAGUUUAAAAUACA